AUGUAGCCAUAUUAUUUUACAGCUGACAAGCAAAUAGACUUUCAAUUAGACCCAGAAAUGCAAAUUAAUCUAAUUCAAUUAAAGUAGCAAGACAUUUUACCUUGUUCAAACUACAAUUAACUUGCUUAUUUUACUUAGUUCUCUUAUCCUCUUCCUAUCUCUGCUUACCCUAUUGAUGGUAUUCAUGAAUAGAAAAUAACUGAUGAGCAGAAACCAAAAAAAACAAAGAUCUAGUAUUCUAUUGUUGAUGAUUUAAAGAAAUACUGAUUCUAAAGGAAGAUUACUAAAAUCUAGAGAGUCAGAAAAUAACUUAUUGAUCAUCCUGCUUAAAAACAAUUUCAGAAUGAAUAACUGUACUUUAUUAUUAAAGUAUUUGCAGAGAUAAAUAAUGAGCUGUUCCUUAAUAAAUUUAUCAUUAUUCUUAAGGGACCCCUUUACCUCAACUUUAGUCUGAUAUUAUUUCAAAUUAUGAUGCUUUAGGAUCAUAGGAAGGGUCACGACAAACUUAAAAAUCAAAAGGAUUGUAUUAAUAAGUAAAGUAGCCAAAAAAAAAAGAACAUAUGAAAACUGGACAUUUGUCUCUAUAAGAACAUACAACUUAAACAAUAUUUCUUUAAUAGUUUGAAGGUAUAAUGACUUCAUCUAUGAUGAAAAAACUUCAAAAAUAUUCAAAUAAUUGA